AUGCGCCGCCGUGCAGCAGCCAUCACUGCGCGCCCUCCUCGGGCUGCGCAGUCUCCACCCCUCUUCUCCCUUCUCCCACCUCCACCUCUGCGGCGGGCCGGCCCGCCCUUCCCCCCUCCCACUCUCGCCUCUUUCCGCCGCCCGGCCCGGCCGCUCCCACUGCGCAGGCGUCGUCCCGUCCUCCCAUCCCCCCGCGCGGUCGCUUCUCCUCCCUCGGCUGCGUCGGCGGCGCGAGCCACAGCGCGCCGGGCGAGCCAGCGAGAGGGCGUGCGCGGCGGCUGCCUCCGCGGCAACCGGGAAGCAGGCGGGCGAGCAAGUGGUGUGGGACGCGAGACGAGGCCGAGCCGCGAGCGACAUGGGGGACCGGGAGCAACUGCUGCAGCGGGCGCGGCUGGCCGAGCAGGCGGAGCGCUACGACGACAUGGCCUCCGCCAUGAAGGCGGAGUUCAUGUUAAAAAGAUAUCUCCAGAGAAGGCAAAUGAGGACAAACUCUCCAUCCCUGCGGUGGCCUCAAGCCAAAAAAGAAAGGGAACUUCUUUGAUGGGGGUUAUGAUGAAAUGUGUCUCCAGAUCCCAGAAGUCGAUAAAACCAUUGAACAUCCACACUCACUGCCAGAUGCAUCUCCUGUAUCAUUUAAAUGAAGCUACCCCACGCUGUGUACUUGAAGAUCCAUUACACAUUGAAGAUGUACACGAAGAGGACCCAGAUACUUUGAAUAUGCCAUCAACUAAAAAUGAUAAUGAGUGGAUUCUGGAGAAUGUUACUGACGACGAGGAAGACAUUCCAGCUACCCCACGCUGUGUACUUGAAGAUCCAUUACACAUUGAAGAUGUACAUGAAGAGGACCCAGACACUUUGAAUAUGCCAUCAACUAAAAAUGAUAAUGAGUGGAUUCUGGAGAAUGUUACUGACGACGAGGAAGACAUUCCAGCUGUAAUAGUUCCAGCAUCCUCUUCACCAAGUGUAUCUACAUCAAUUCCCAGGAGAAGUCAUUAGAGAAGGAGAGAGGGAGAGAAAGCUCCUUAAAACUGGAUGAUAAUCCUGAAGAGUGUCAGGGAUGUCUCAGGAAGGCUUACUGCUUAUUUGGCUCAUUGCAAUAAAAAGGUCCAAGCUGAUGACAGAAGGGGACGCAGGCCUGAGGUAGAAGCUGAAGAACAGUUCUGAGAAGCCCUCCUGGUGGACUGAAGGGAACAUCAACUCCAUCCUCCUGGCUAUGGGGGUCUUCAUCCAAGGCUAUUUUGCUGAACUCUUAACUGAGUCACUGAGAGUAUUUACUAAUCAAAAAAAUAAUUUUAUUGUGUUUUACGUUUAUGGCAUUUUGUUGUUUCAAAAGUUGUUUGUUGAUGAUUUUAUCUAAUGGAUGACUAUAGACCAGAACUUUUCCUUUGUAUUAUUCCUUUUUGUUAAUAAAGAAAGAGGUGAUAUUUUAAAA